AUGCCGCCACCAUCAGAAUCCGACAUCCUCACAAACUACCUCCUUCAGCCAGCACCCCUUCCAUCCAUCACCACCUUCAACCAAUUCGUGCUCCUCUUCCCCCGGCCGCUCCACAAUUCGCAUCAACUGCGGUCUCUGUACCGCGACUUGCAGGCGCAGCGCAAUGCGGUGGUUGACGCCGUGGCUGCGAGCAUCCAGGAUGAGGUGAAGCGCGGGGUGGUCAUGAGAAGGGAGGUUCUGCGACUGAGGAGAGAGGCGGAAAGGGAAGAUGUAGAUGGCGAGGUUGAGAUGGAGAGAGCGCUGUUUGGUCACGACUCUGGUUUGAAGACCGCAACGCAUAGCCUCAACUCUGUGAUUCCCGAGCUGGAAGGUGCCGUUGGCGCACUUGAAGCAGAGAUAAAGAGGCUUGAAGAAGAAGAGGCAGCUCUCCAAGAGUCCAUCCAGCAGACGAUUGGUGGGCUGAGCGAUCUUCGCUACGGCAAACUGGCCAACGGCAAACUCCGAGAUGAGAUUGUCAAUGGCUUAAAAUCACUGCAAGAAGCAUGCGAGAACAAGUCAUGA